AAAGGGUUGAAGGAUGUCAACUGGAAGAAGACAAAUGAAGAAAAAACACACCAAAGAAAAGGCUGUUCUAGUAGUUGAUUUCACUGAGGAAGAUGUAAAGAAAGAGCCGAGUGGUUCAGAGGAGGAUGCCAUAGAAGUAGACAAGCUGGUCAGAAAACGCCCAUCAUCUCACUUGGAGGAGGAGGCAGGCAGCACUGUGGGAAGCAAGGUUCAGUCCAUUUUGGAGGAGUUUAGAGCCGAUAUCAGUAAAGUGAUGCAGACCAGGAAGGAACGUCUGGAGUGUCUGACCAGCUACCACAUGAAGGAGAGUCAACACAAAGUGGAACAGCUGUGGUGCAGCUAUCACUCCCAGAGGCAGAAGGUCACCCAGCAGUACUCACAGCAGGUUUCCUGUGCCCUGCAGCAGUGGGAGGCUGAAGCCCAGCGGGUGAAGAAGCUGGAGGAACGCUUCACCAUCCUGCUGGCGCAGCAACAGAUGGUCCUGAGGCAGGCCAGAGCUGCUGAGGCCCAGAAACUGAAGGCCAUCAGGGUUCUGUUCAAGCAGUUUGGGAAAAACAUGGAAGACAUGGACAAGAGCCACCAGGCCUUCCUGCAGGAGGCGCAACAGGAGCUGAGGAAGGAGAUGGUCACGCUGCUGAAGAAAAUCACCAUGCACACGCAACGGCAGGAGAUGGCCACAGUCUACAAGUCUCUGCAGUCCAUGCUCUAGUCCAAGUUGGUCUGGUCCAUGGUGGUCUGGUCCAUGGUGGUCCGGUCCAUGGUGUUCCAGUCCAUGGUGGUCUAGUCCAUGAUGUUCUACUCCAUGCUGGUCUGGUUUCUUUAAUUUUGUAAAUUUUAUUGAUGAAAACACCUCAAAACCAAGGCACCCCUCACAGCGUCAUGUUCAAUUAUUUAAUUUUUGUGCUUUUUCUAACUCCAUUCUAUUAUAUUUUUGCAUUAAUCUUAAACUAUGUUGUUGCCAAGGCUGUAGAAAUUAAACUGAAAUUUUGUCAUCCAGUGUAUGUUCAAAAGUAUGUGGACGCAUCUGUUUAUCUGAUGCUUUUUUCUGUUGCUGUUCUUAAUAUUUAAUUUCAUUUUUAUUGUAAUGAUACAACUGGUGGUGAACAGUGCCUCCAGGUUAGUUCAGUUUGUCAUAAAUAUCAUCCUGUUUCAACAUGACACUGAUUCUCUUCAUCUUCUACAAACACAAGUUUUUUCCACAUACUGUAACUCAGUAGAUG